AUGCUCAGCCCCCUCCUAUACUCACUGUUCACCCACGACAGCGUGGCCACGCAAGACUCCAACACCAUCAAGUUUAAUGACGACACAACGGGGGAGACUAUCAACAUGGUGAUGUUGACCAUUCUUCUGCUGGUCAGUGCUGCCUUUGCACUGGGUGAUACCCUAACACUGGACGAAGCAUAUGCUAUGAUGGAAUCUGCAGCAGAUAAAAAAAGCCCCACAGACUGGUUCCAGUUUAAUUCACGCUGCUUCAUGUUUGUUGAGACUGCAAGGACAUGGCCUGAAGCAGAGCGCCACUGUAUGUUCCUUGGAAGAAAACUGACGUCUGUGCAGAACACUGUGAAGUACCUUGAAGCAAACCUGGCGUCUGUGCACAGCUCUGAGGAGUCCCAAUUUCUACAGGCGGUGGUGUUGAUCAAGACUGGCGAUUUCCCUCUGACCUGGAUUGGAGGAUAUGAUGCUGUUCAGGACAGGCUAUGGUUCUGGAGUGACGGAUCUAAAUUUGAUCAUCAGAACUGGGCGAAAGACGAGCCCAAUAACUAUAAGGGUGCCAGAGAGCCAUGUGUUCAGAUGAACUUUGGAGGUACAAUAAACAUGCCUGGAAUGAUGAAUUAUGUGGAAGGAGAUUUCCCUCGGUAUGCUCCAUAA